CUUUCUUUCUUCAUACUUUUUAUUUCAUCAUAUUUAUUUAUUUUUUUUUAUUAACUGAAGAAAGAUGCCUUUACCACUUAGCAAAAUCCGAUCCAUUAAGAUGAUCAAUUUUAUUGAAACCAUCUUAUAUAUUCUUGAAAAUAUCACUGAAGAAAAGUUUUGGUUUGGUAUCUUUGGGGAACGUCUUACCAAGAUUUGUCAACGUUACUUUGGAAAUGAUUUCAUCAUGUUGGGUAUUCUAUUUUAUAUUGCUCCUAUUCUCAAAACCCAAUGGCAAACCUUGGUGGAUAUUUGUAUGGACAGAAUAUCUAAACGAUCCAAGACUGUUUCAGUACGUAUUUAUUAUCGAGAGGCUGCAUACAAUCCUAUCAAUAGUUUUAUCUUGAAGAAUACCGAACAACUUCCUGGUUUGUCUGAUGCCAUUGCUAUGUAUGAAUCGUCAAACUCCGAUGAUGAAGAUGAGCUACCAAAACUUGGAGUUUAUCCUCGCAAUAAUACAUCCAAUGAAAUUGAAUACAAAGGACACAAACUCACUGUCUCAAACUGCAAUGACGAUGAAGAAACUACUUGUAGUAACAAACCCUCUUAUUGGAACAUCUCCAUGGAAGCUUCCCCUGGUGAAUCCAUUGACACGUUGAAACAGUUCUUGCAAGAAUGGUGUGAUGAAUAUAAUAAUUCUGAAGAUAACACUAUCAAAAUCUUGCGUUGGGAUGGUUAUGAAAGUUGGGUUUACAAGGAUAGCAUUGAACCUCGUGCCUAUGAGUCUGUCAAUUUGCCUUAUGGUGUCAAAGAAAAUGUUUUGGCUGAUAUGCAAAGGUUCAUUAAGCGACGAGACUGGUAUCGUAGAAAGGGUAUUCCUCAUCGACGUGGUUUUCUACUCUAUGGUUCUCCAGGCACUGGCAAAUCUUCUUUGAUUCAAGCACUAGCUGGAAAAUUACAAUUCGAUCUUGCUAUGAUCAAGUUGAGUGAAGUACAUUCUGAUUCUGAUUUUAGUGAAAUGAUGAGAGUUAUUCCCAAGGACACCAUCAUGGUCCUUGAAGAUGUGGAUCAUUACGAUGAAACUGAUAAGGGUGAAAUGCACGUAACAAAAUCUGGUCUAUUGAAUGGUUUGGAUGGUAUCAAUGGCAAUGAUGGAGCAAUGAUCUUUAUGACUUGCAAUGAUAUCAACAAGUUAACACCUGCUCUGUUACGCCCUGGUAGAAUGGAUGUCAAACUUGAAUUAGGUUAUGCUGUACAUGAACAAGUAGAAGCCAUGUUUUGGAGAUUCUUUGGUGAUAAUGAUUAUGGCUAUGAAGACGACGACAAUACUUCAUCAACAGCUAAUGACUCACUGGCUUUGACAACCAAGAAAACUGAUAUGGAUGAAUUACCACCCACUCCUCCCAACGAUGACGAACAAGAGCGCAAGAUAUACCUCGAAAGCUGUUUGAAAAGGUUGUUGACCCUCAUUCCUGAAAAUCAAGUCACCACAGCCGAAUUGCAAAAUCUCUUUGUUACCUUGUUCUUAGAAACUCAAACCAACAAAAUGGAGGAAAAGGAUCUAUUGGAAGAGUUAUUUGAUCGUGUGCCUGCCUUUUUGGAACGUAUUCGAGAGGACCGAGAACAAGCUUUGAUACACAGUGGCAAGGAUAUCAAGAAGGAUGAAGAUUCUGACAAGGAUGAUGACUCUGACAAGGAGGAUGACGACUCUGACAAGAAGGAUGACGACUCUGACAACAAGGAUGAUGACUCUGACAAGAAGGAUGAUGACUCUGACAAGAAGGAUGAUGACUCUGACAAGAAGGAUGAUGAUUCUGACAAGAAGGAUGAUGAUUCUGACAAGAAGGAUGAUGACUCUGACAAGAAGGA